UCAAUAGAGAUCAGAUCAGUAUUUUGGAGUGACGAAUAAAUGAUAAUCAUUUAAUGAUUUAACUGAAAUUGGCCUUGGAUAGUAACACAUUUUAUAUUAUAACCUCAAAAUCUAAUAUUAAUAUUUUCCCGCUCUUUUUACAAAUUUGUCAAGUAAAUUAGUAAAAUGGCAAGUUUAAGUGAUAAUUUAAUAGCAAACUUCGCAAGUAAAUUCUUUUUAAAUGAAGAUGUUAUCAAAAAAGCGCACGAAAUAUUACGUUUAAUAAAGUUGAAAUCGGCGACAAACAAAAGUAUUAAUUCUUUAAAUGAUAAUACCCAAGUGAUUUUAAGUUUAGAUAUUGCAUCCUUAGAAUUAGGAUAUAAUUUUGAUAAAGAAUUCGCGUUACAAUUGUCAGGAUUGAGGAAACGUUUAUACAACACUUAUUACCAAUUAUUCAAAAAAAUUUUAGGCUUAGAAUCAUGUUUAACGAUUCAAAAUGUGUGUAUACAAAACAAUUGUACUUCUGUACAAAACGAAUGCGAUAAACUUUUUGAAAAAUACAAAAAAAGUGAUAAAUUAGGAACGAAAGAUUUUGAUCAUCCUCAAUAUGCUUGUAUGUGCGUUUAUAUUAUAUGCAGAAUAUACAAUGUUAAAGUAUCUAAAUCUAAAUUAAUGGAAAUGUGCAAUUUGAAAAAAUCGCAAUGGUUGACAUUAGAAUCCGAUUUUGGUAAAUUUAUUGAAGGUAUUGGAUUACAAGCACAUAAAUCCAAGACAGAUACAAAAACUAAAGCGGAAAAUGAACAAAUAUUGAAGGAAGAAGUUGAUAGUAAAGAAAAAGAAGCAGCACAAGAAGAAAUACAAGAAAGUUAUGAAACAUGGAAAGCUCGAAUGCUUAAAUACGCUAAGGAAAGUUGAGAAGAUGAAUGAAUGCAAUAAUAUAUUUUAUUUUUCUAUGGCGU